CACAGGGCGGCGGUUCCAGCCGGAGCCGGGGCGGGAGGCAGCGGCUGUUCGGCCCCUCAAAGCACAACGCGAGGCGUCGGAUGGACGCGGUGCUGCGGGAGGAGAGAGGCGCCGGAUCAAGAAGAACACACUGAUUCAGCAGAACUGGCUGAUUGUGCUGCAGUCAUCAUGAGUAGGCACAGGGUCAUUCGUUUCUUAACAAAUGUAUAAGAAGAAAAGGUUCAGACAAGAAUCUGGUGGUCAUUCCCUGACAAAUGGAGAACUAUUUCCAAGCAGAGGCAUAUAACCUCGAUAAGGUUUUAGAUGAAUUUGAGCAAAACGAAGAUGCCACUGUUUCACCUACGCUAUUGGGUGCAAAGUGGAAUCAGAUUCUAGAUCCACCUUCGUGUCGUCUGUCAAGUAACCCGACUGUGGCCGAUGUGAAUGAAGCUACAACUCCUAAUGAAUGUCAGCAAAGAUUAAAGUCUUUCUCCUUGUCUCAUUCGGUGACUACAGCAACAGGAGGAGAGGAUCACUGUGCUAAUGGAAAGGAUUUUAGCCUAAGCCCAGAGACUCCAGUCAUGUGGAUUGAUGAUCAGGCAGCAGCAGACGAUCAGUUAAUUAAAAGAAAUAGUAAUCGGGAUGAUCAGUGUAACACUGUGGAAUCUGGAGAAAAGAAGUGUGGAAGUAUAACUUGCUUGCCAGAGGAGAAAAAUGUGCUAGUUGUGGCGGUUAUGCAUAACUGUGACAGAAGAGCACUGCAAAGUGGUGACUUGCUGGACUGUAAAAAUUACAACAGUCAGUCCCUAAAGGACACUAUUAGCUUUACACUGGAUAAUGAAAACCAACAGAGUGAUGAGUUUAGUGUUACUGUAAAUGGAUCCAUGGAAAAAGAUACAGAUACGGAAAAGCAAGUGAAUUGGCUUUGUACCGAAGAUGACUCUAGAAGUAAUUUGUUUAAUGCUUCAUCUGAAACCUUGACCGUUGCUUGCCCCUCCUCUUGCUUAAAGGAUGAUUUUGAUAUGAGUAAAGAUUCAUGGCUUUCAGAAGCUACAGCUGCAGGGAUUAAUACAGUGACUCUCUGUAAGAGACCUGUUGAUGGUAUCAUUAAAAUGCAAGAAAAUUGUGUAUCAGUUGAAAAUUUUAGUAGUAAAGCCAUUCCACAGAGAACUGAUCUAGAAGUUAAAAACUCUUCUUCUGGUUCAAGUAAUGGAAGCUUAGGAGAAGAUACAACCCAACAAAUAUGUUCUAGGCUAUCUGGGCUUGAAGAAACUUGUCCAUCUAAUGUGGCUGGAAGUGGCAACUACACGGAAUGUGUUGCAGAACAUUUUACCUCUGAGGAUGGUAGUGCCAUUGAAAAUGAAUUCAUUGAAUGUGAUAAAAAUCUUAGCACAUCGGAAGUGCGCAAUAUGGAAGAGUGUUACCCUGAAUCUCAGGAGAUGACUAAUUGGGAAUUGACUAGAUUGAAUGAGAUUAAUAAUAAGCCAACUGUGGAAGAGAAUGAAAGACUUCUGCAGACAAAGCAGCCUGAUGAGGCGUGUAGUAGUAGCAAAGAAGGUGGAGAUGGGAAGGUGGAGGCAGGCAUAGACCUAAAAGGGACUGGUACAGACAAGCUUGAAGGGUCCAGUCUCUCUGAUGGGACAGGUACCUCAACAGCAAGCUCUCUGUCUAAUGGUUGUGAUUCCUAUGGAAUGCAGAACCCAGUUGUUCCUCAUGUUCCAAAGACUUUACCCUCCAAGGAAGACUCGGUGACUGAGGAAAAGGAGAUAGAGGAGAGCAAGUCAGAAUGUUAUGCAAAUGUUUAUGAACAGAGAGGAAAUGAAACCAUAGAAGGGAGUGGACUUAUUUUAAACAGUGCUGAUGACCACGUAAAGAAGAACUAUAUACAUAAUCUCUGUAGUCAGGUGCCAUCCCUGCAGGGGCAAACUUCACCAAAACCAGUGACUAACCUGCAAUCUGUCAGUGUUCCUUUUGGUGGAGCAAGACCAAAACAACCUACAAAUCUUAAAUUGCAGAUUCCAAAGCCAUUAUCGGACCACUUGCAAAAUGAUCUUGUUCCCCCAAACUGUGGAGGUAAUAGUAAAAACAAAAACAUCUUUGUUAAGACACAAUUAGGGGAUAACUUGACAGCAGAUGUGUUUCCUGGUGAAGCAUCAUUAAAUGCCCCUGUUACUGAUACUAAUGGAGAACACUUGGAAGAGUAUGAAUCUGGAAUCUCUAGUAGUCCGUGCCUUGCAGUAGCCCCAGAUAGUCCAGAUAAUGAUCUCAGAGCUGGUCAGUUUGGAGCUCCAGCCAGAAAGCCUUUUACUACUUUGGGUGAGGUGGCUCCAGUUUGGGUUCCAGAUUCUCAAGCACCGAACUGCAUGAAAUGUGAGGCGAGAUUUACAUUCACGAAAAGAAGGCAUCAUUGCAGAGCUUGUGGGAAGGUAUUUUGUGCAGCGUGCUGUAGCCUGAAGUGCAAACUGCUGUACAUGGAUCGAAAGGAAGCCAGAGUGUGUGUUAUCUGCCACUCAGUACUAAUGAAUGCUCAAGCCUGGGAGAACAUGAUGAGUGCCUCAAGCCAGAGUCCUAACCCUAACAAUCCUGCUGAAUACUGUUCUACUAUCCCUCCUUUGCAGCAGGCUCAGGCAUCGGGCGCCCUGAGCUCUCCACCUCCCACUGUUAUGGUACCUGUGGGAGUUUUAAAGCAUCCUGGAGCAGAAGUGGCUCAACCAAGAGAACAAAGACGUGUUUGGUUUGCAGAUGGGAUAUUACCCAAUGGAGAGGUUGCUGAUGCAUCAAAGCUGACAGUAGCUGGAACAACUUCUACAGGAACCUUAGCAGUAUCACACGAUCCAGCAAAGCCCGUAACCAACAACGCUUUAUCAGCAGAAACUGAUAAUGCUUCUGUAUUCUCGGGAAGUAUAACUCAGGUUGGCAGUCCUGUUGGCAGUGCAAUGAAUUUAAUUCCUGAAGAUGGGCUUCCUCCGAUUCUUAUCUCCACUGGAGUAAAAGGAGAUUAUGCCGUAGAAGAGAGACCCUCUCAAAUCUCUGUCAUGCAGCAGCUGGAGGACGGUGGCCCUGACCCUCUUGUAUUUGUUUUAAAUGCUAAUUUGUUGUCCAUGGUAAAGAUUGUAAAUUAUGUGAACAGGAAGUGCUGGUGUUUCACUACAAAAGGAAUGCAUGCAGUGGGACAGUCUGAGAUAGUCAUUCUCCUGCAGUGUUUGCCUGAUGAGAAGUGUUUACCCAAGGAUAUCUUUAACCAUUUUGUGCAACUUUAUCGGGAUGCCUUAGCAGGUAAUGUUGUUGGCAACCUGGGACACUCCUUUUUCAGCCAGAGCUUUCUGGGAAGCAAAGAACACGGAGGGUUCUUGUACGUUGCAGCUACGUAUCAGUCCCUGCAGGACCUGGUGCUCCCAACCCCACCCUACUUGUUUGGCAUCCUCAUUCAGAAAUGGGAGACGCCCUGGGCUAAAGUGUUCCCCAUUCGGCUGAUGCUGAGACUUGGAGCUGAAUACAGACUUUAUCCAUGCCCGCUUUUUAGUGUCAGAUUUCGUAAACCUUUGUUUGGAGAGACCGGACACACCAUUAUGAACCUCCUUGCUGAUUUCAGAAAUUAUCAGUACACGCUGCCAGUGGUCCAAGGUUUAGUAGUUGAUAUGGAAGUCAGAAAAACCAGCAUCAAAAUUCCCAGCAACAGAUACAAUGAGAUGAUGAAAGCCAUGAACAAAUCCAACGAGCAUGUUCUAGCAGGGGGAGCGUGCUUCAAUGAGAAAGCAGACUCGCAUCUGGUGUGCGUUCAGAAUGAUGAUGGGAAUUACCAGACGCAGGCCAUCAGCAUCCACAAUCAGUCGAGGAAGGUGACUGGUGCCAGCUUCUUUGUGUUCAGUGGAGCUUUAAAAUCCUCGUCAGGCUACCUUGCCAAAUCCAGUAUAGUAGAAGAUGGAGUAAUGGUCCAGAUAACUGCAGAGAACAUGGACUCUCUGAGGCAGGCCUUGAGAGAGAUGAAAGACUUCACCAUCACCUGUGGCAAAGUAGAUGCUGAAGAUCCUCAGGAACACGUUCACAUUCAGUGGGUAGAAGAUGAUAAAAACUUCAAUAAGGGUGUUGUCAGCCCUAUUGAUGGCAAAUCAAUGGAGUCUAUAACAAGUGUGAAGAUAUUUCAUGGCUCAGAGUACAAGGCAAAUGGAAAGGUCAUCCGAUGGACAGAGGUGUUUUUCCUGGAGAACGAUGAGCAGCACAGCGGGCUGAGUGACCCAGCUGAUCACAGCCGACUGACUGAAAACGUGGCAAAAGCCUUUUGUUUGGCUCUCUGUCCUCAUCUGAAGUUGUUGAAAGAAGACGGCAUGACUAAGCUUGGUCUGCGCGUUACUCUCGACUCAGAUCAAGUUGGUUAUCAAGCUGGGAGUAAUGGACAGCCACUGCCUUCUCAGUACAUGAAUGACCUGGACAGUGCCUUAGUUCCAGUGAUUCAUGGAGGGGCGUGUCAGUUGAGUGAGGGGCCAGUCAUAAUGGAGCUCAUCUUUUAUAUUCUGGAAAACAUCUCAUAAGAGGACUUCAUUUUCUGUUCAGACCUGUUCCAGCAGCAGUUGUAUCUGAAUCAUUUGCACUUUAAAACUGGAGAAAUUAAGCUUUUGGUAACACUAUUAAGGGGAGGUGGGGGGUGGCGGGAGGGACAGUUGUUCCAUAAUUCUAAAUCUUCUAUGCAUUGUCAACAACCAGAGGAUCAGGGCAGCUUCUAUACUACAACAUGGCUAUGCUAUCCUUGCAGCUAAUAACUUCUGUUACUGUUUAGAAAAAUGCUCGUGUUUCCAGACUUAGAGUACACGACUGUAAAUGCUCAAACGAGUGCAAAGAUCACUGGGGCGUAAAUAAAAUGUGAAACUCCCAUCUUGUACUGUUUGUAGAUGGACAAGUAAGAAACAACAAUCAAAACCUCCAUUCUGACCUCAUCAUAAUGCCGUCUGUGGUUAUUCUGUAGACAUUAAAAAAUAACGUUUACAUUAUUUUGACCAGAUUAUUGGUUGAAAUGUGUCUGGAGCAGCCCUUGGAGAUGUGGAACGAUUACCCAGCCAUAACUAUGUUUGUAUGUGAGAAGGGCAGGUGUCUCAGAACGCAGUAUUACAUACGCUGCAGUUGUGUGUGACAUAGGCUAGUUUACUUUUCUCCCCCGCUCUAUUUACUGUAAAGAAAACAACGACAAACUCGUCACCUCAGCCGAUUUCUGUAACCUUCUACAACACCUCUGUUAUCUCUGCUUUGUUUACAAACCUGUUUGAAUUUCAGAUACCUGUCCCAAGCAGAGGAAUUGUCCUAAAGUGCAGUUAUUACCCCUUACCCCAGUAGGUCCUGCUUUUUAAAGAAACACCCAGGGCAGCUUUAAGUCUCCUCCCUGCUGUACGCUGUAGUGUAACGCUAGUGUCAUGUAAUACAAGACAGCUCGCACUUCUUAGCAGCACCAUGUAAAAGCUUACCUGUGAUAAAAGCAUAGAGUGUCUGUUUCUGCAUGUUCUGCUGAAAAAGGCUCACUGGUCAGCUCUGAAACCCUGCACGUGGCCCAGAGCUCGUGGUCUCACCUGGGAGGGUGCUGGGGAGGCAGCUGCUCCCAGCUGGCACCGCAGUGUGGAGCUGGAACUGACACAGCUACAAGAACUGUGAUUCCAUAGUCUGCCCAAAUGGAAUCGUUCCAGUGGGAAGCUGCUGAGGAGCAGGGGCUGCCUGGUGGGCCAGGGAAAGCAGCUCCGAACCCCUCCCAGGAAGGGGGUGAACAUUUUCCCCCUGCUGUCUAUACAGAAGAUUAGUGGGGAAAGGGAAACUACUUACACUGCAGACAGUAUCUCAGACCUUGCAUUGUCCCCUACUUGCAAUCAGUUCUGCUGGAUGCAGUGGGGAUCAUUUUGUUCCUGCAGUGUAUGAGCGAUGCAGGCAUCCUUCCAAGUAGAAGAAAUCCAAGGCUACCGUGAGACCAACGCUAUGUUUUUUAAACAAAUAUACAGCAUUAGCUGGGCAAAGGAAAAGGUAACUGUACACAGUGAUGUAUCUCAUGUAAAGCCAGCACCAUAUAUGUACAGAGUGCAUUUGUGAAUAAAUGGCUACUGCUUUGUAAAAACGCUUUACAGAUCUAUAGCAGGUGACAGCUGUGAGCAGCCAGUGUUUCCAGGAAGAAAGGCCACGCUGCUGGGGUCCCAGUGCAGAGAGAAAAGCUGGCCAGCAAGAGCUGCGUGUUAGCAACACUUACCCAUGAGGUAUCACCCAGUACAGCCGUAACUCUGGCAGCUGGGAAAGGUGGCUGCAUGUUUCACGAUGGCCAAACAAACCUUAAGCAACAAACAGCCUCCCUACGUAUCUGUGCAGUGGAGCAGCACUAAGGUGACUGUCAGCCUCCUCCUGCACCCGGCACAGCACAGCACUACGUGGUGCAGGUGAGGUUUGGUAUCUGGAAGAGAGUUCCGUAAACAAAGUAAGAAAAUCUUCCUUCCCCAGCCUGCACUCCAGCUUCGCCACAGCAGCAGCAGCUCCCAGUGACCUGAGUUUCAUUGUUCUGCUUAAUAAUGCAGUAAAAGAGGUGAAAAAUCUUUCCCUUCUCUUCCUUUGCCCCAGAAGUCAUUUGAGUUUGGGUUACAUUUGUGCAAAACGCUACCAACUGGUGACUGACACGUUUGCUUCAACCAUAGCCUUUGAAAUGACCUUAAUUACCAUGUUGUUAAGAAACGAGUACUUGUUUUAGAGAAAAAAAAAAUUGUACUUUUAAAAUUCAGUUAGUUAACACUGCAAAAAACUGCAUAUUAUAUUUUUAUUUUCAACAUGUAGUUUUGUAUAUUAAAUUUAUUGAAAUUAAAAACUAAA